CAUUCCCCUAUUUAAGCGCCAUUGCACACUUCAAUCCUCACCAUCCAUUCCGAAUCCAACGGCCAUGAUUAAUCCACUCCUCCUCUUCAUUCUCCUCCACCAGAGCGUGCUCCCCACGCACGCCGGAAAGUGGGAGCUCCUCCGCGCCAACAUCGGCAUCUCCGCCAUGCACAUGCAGCUCCUCCACACCGACCGCGUCGUCAUCUUCGACAUCACUAAUUCCGGCCCCUCCAACAUCUCCCUCCCCGCCGGCAGCCCCUGUCGGACCACCGACCCAGCCCAGCCCGCCGACAACUGCACCGCCCACUCCGUCGAAUACGACGUCGCUUCGAACUCCGUUCGCCCCCUCUCCAUCCAAACCAACACCCUCUGCUCCUCCGGCGCCGUUCUACCCGACGGCACUCUCGCCCAGACCGGCGGCGCCGACGAGGGCAUCCAAAUUGUCCGCCUCUACUCCCCCUGCUCUGGCGACUCCUGCAAUUGGGUCGAGCUGAACGUUAAACUCAACCGGCCGCGGUGGUACGCCACCAACCACAUCCUCCCUGACGGCCGGGAAAUCGUCGUCGGCGGCCGCGGCCAGUUCAAUUUCGAAUUUUACCCUAAAUCAUCCCAAAACGAUGACGUACCGUUCGACUUACCUUUCCUCGCCCAAACCACCGAACCUAACGACGAAAACAAUCUCUACCCCUUCGUCUUCCUAAACACCGACGGGAAUUUAUUCAUCUUCGCAAACAAUCAAUCCAUUCUCUACGACUACACUAGCCGGAAAGUGAUCACAACUUUUCCGACGAUCCCCGGCGGCGAUCCAAGGAACUACCCAAGCUCCGGCUCCGCCGUGCUGCUCCCGUUAAACAAUCUCGAAUCCGACCGAAUCACGGCGGAGGUGUUGGUCUGUGGCGGCGCGCCGCGGGGGGCCUUCGCCAGCGCGGCCGCCGGCACGUACGUGCCGGCGGUAGACACCUGCGGGAGGAUCCGGAUAUCCGACCCGAACCCGCAAUGGGUCAUGCAGAAAAUGCCGAUGGGUCGGGUCAUGGGGGACAUGGUGCUGUUACCGGACGGCAAUGUGUUGAUUAUCAACGGGGCCGGAUCGGGUACGGCGGGCGCGGGCGAGAUGGCCCGUAACCCGGUUUUUACUCCGGUGGUGUACAGGCCGGAAAGUUCAUUAUUUGAGAGGCAAAAUUCGAGCUCGACUCCUCGGAUGUACCACUCGACGGCGGCGCUCCUCCGCGACGGCCGGGUUCUGGUCGGCGGCAGCAAUCAGUACAUAAAGUACGAAUUCAGGUUCUCGAGUUUUCUAACGGACUUGUCGUUGGAGGCGUUUUCGCCGUCGUAUUUGGAUCCGGGUAUGGAUAGCCUACGCCCGAGGAUUGCGGGUACGGGCUUGCAGUCGCGGGUCGGGUACGGGCAAGAAUUGUUGAUCCCAUGCACUGUUCCUUUGGCGGCCGCCGCCGCCACAAUCAAGGUGGCGAUGGUGGCGCCGUCUUUCGCGACGCAUGCGUUUUCGAUGAAUCAAAGGUUGUUGUUUCUGACAGUACGGAAUGUUAUUGGGAAACCCGUGUCGAGUAUUCGGGUUUUGUCUCCGGGUUCGGGUAGGGUUGCCCCGCCAGGGUAUUAUCUUUUGUUUGUGAUUCAUCGGGAUAUUCCUAGUGAGGGUGUCUGGAUACAGCUGAGCAAUUGA